AUGACGACACCACCACCACCAGCAGCAACACCGAAGCAGCAGCAGCAUGGCCUCGCCGCUGUUGCGGCCGAGGUGCGCGCCCAGCGCGGCAUCGCGCUCCCGCUCGUCGGCAUGAACCUCACCUGGUUCGCCAAGCAGGCCGUCACCACGGCCUUCCUGGGCCGCCUCGGCGACCUCCAGCUGGCCGCCGGCACGCUCGGCUACAGCUUCGCCAACGUCACCGGCUUCGCCGUCCUCAGCGGCCUCUGCGGCGCCAUGGAGCCCAUCUGCGGCCAGGCGCACGGCGCCGGCAACGUCGCCCUACUGCGCGGGACGCUGCUCAGGGCCACGCUCAUGCUCCUCGCCGCCUCCGUACCCAUCGCGCUCCUCUGGACGCGCGUCGACGCCGUCCUGCUGCGGUUCGGCCAGCAGCCCGACAUCGCGGACACGGCCAGGACCUACGUGCUCUGCCUCCUCCCGGACCUCGCCGUCACCUCCGUGCUCAACCCGCUCAAGGCCUACCUCAGCGCGCAGGAGGUGACGCUGCCCACGCUGUUCGCCGCCGCGCUGGCGCUGGCGCUCCACAUCCCGCUCACCGUGUCGCUCUCCGCCAGGAUGGGCGUCCGGGGCGUGGCCGCGGCCGUCUGGCUCAGCGACCUCGCCCUGGCGCUCAUGCUCGCCGCCUACGUGCUCGCCCACGAGCUCCGCCGGCCAACCAAGCCGCCGCAGCAGACGAAGCCAGCAACGGCGGGCGACUGGCUGCUGCUCCUCCGUCUGGCCGUCCCCUGCUGCCUCAACACCUGCCUCGAGUGGUGGUCCUACGAGAUCCUGGUGCUCCUCACGGGGCGCCUCCCCGACGCGCGCCGCAUGGUGGGCGUGGUCGCCGUCACGCUCAACUUCGACUACCUGCUGUUCGCGGCCAUGCUGUCGCUGUCCGUCAGCGCGUCGGUGCGCGUCUCCAACGAGCUGGGCGCCGGGGACGCCGCCCUGGCGCGCCGCGCCGCAAGGGUGUCCAUCGCGGGCGGCUUGGCGGCGGGCGUUGCCGGCGGCCUGCUCAUGCUGGCGGCGCGCCGGCCGUGGGCGCGCAUAUACACCCGCAGCCCGGAGGUGCGGGACGGCGUGGGGCGGGCCAUGAAGGUGAUGGCGCUGCUGGAGGUGGUCAACUUCCCGCUCAACGUCUGCGGCGGCAUCGUGCGGGGCACGGCGCGCCCGCUGCUGGGCAUGUACGCCGUCGUGGGCGGCUUCUACGUGGUGGCGCUGCCGGUGGGCGUGGCGCUCGGCUUCAAGGCCCGCCUGGGGCUGGAAGGACUCCUGGCCGGCUUCCUGGUGGGCGCCGCCGUCAGCCUGGCGGUGCUAGUGACGGUCAUCGUGUGCAUGGACUGGGCGGCCGAGGCAGACAAGGCGCAGACACGGGCAGGGGCUGCCGGUGCCGGCAACACCGCUCGUGUUGAGCCGCCGCCGAACAAGGCGCCGGCGCCGGCGGAGUCGGAGGCUUGCUAG